GCUUGGUGCUACCGUUGCCUGGAGGUUGUACUGGACUUGUUUUUCAAACAGAGGGUGCCUAGGUAUCAGCGUGGGCUCCUGGCGGUGAAGGGGGUGGCUGCUGACUCUCCUGUCCCGUUGGGGUAGGGAGAUGGGGGAGGGUGGCCAGAAGGAAGGUGACAGCCAGCAAGCAGGGGCUCUGCCACUCCUCCGUCAGCUGGGCACGUUUAGUCCCACGCCCACUGUCCUUGGUGUCUCCAUUAAUCCAGCCUGUGGGCCAAAGCUGACCAACUCCCCCACCGUCAUCGUCAUGGUGGGCCUCCCCGCCAGGGGCAAGACCUACAUCUCCAAGAAGCUGACUCGCUACCUCAACUGGAUUGGCGUCCCCACAAAAGUGUUCAACGUCGGGGAGUAUCGCCGGGAGGCUGUGAAGCAGUACAGCUCCUACAACUUCUUCCGCCCCGACAAUGAGGAAGCCAUGAAAGUCCGGAAGCAGUGUGCCUUAGCUGCCUUGAGAGAUGUCAAAAGCUACCUGGCGAAAGAAGGGGGACAAAUUGCGGUUUUCGAUGCCACCAAUACGACCAGAGAGAGGAGACACAUGAUCCUUCAUUUUGCCAAAGAAAAUGACUUUAAGGCAUUUUUCAUCGAGUCCGUGUGUGACGACCCUACAGUUGUGGCCUCCAAUAUCAUGGAAGUUAAAAUCUCCAGCCCGGAUUACAAAGACUGCAACUCCGCAGAAGCCAUGGACGACUUCAUGAAGAGGAUCAGUUGCUAUGAAGCCAGCUACCAGCCCCUGGACCCCGACAAAUGCGACAGGGACUUGUCGCUGAUCAAGGUGAUUGACGUGGGCCGGAGGUUCCUGGUGAACCGGGUGCAGGACCACAUCCAGAGCCGCAUCGUGUACUACCUGAUGAACAUCCACGUGCAGCCGCGCACCAUCUACCUGUGCCGGCACGGCGAGAACGAGCACAACCUCCAGGGCCGCAUCGGGGGCGACUCGGGCCUGUCCAGCCGGGGCAAGAAGUUUGCCAGUGCCCUGAGCAAGUUCGUGGAGGAGCAGAACCUGAAGGACCUGCGCGUGUGGACCAGCCAGCUGAAGAGCACCAUCCAGACGGCCGAGGCGCUGCGGCUGCCGUAUGAGCAGUGGAAGGCGCUCAAUGAGAUCGACGCGGGCGUCUGUGAGGAGCUGACCUACGAGGAGAUCAGGGACACCUACCCUGAGGAGUACGCGCUGCGGGAGCAGGACAAGUACUACUACCGCUACCCCACCGGGGAGUCCUACCAGGACCUGGUCCAGCGCCUGGAGCCGGUGAUCAUGGAGCUGGAGCGGCAGGAGAACGUGCUGGUCAUCUGCCACCAGGCCGUCCUGCGCUGCCUGCUGGCCUACUUCCUGGAUAAGAGCGCAGAGGAGAUGCCCUACCUGAAAUGCCCGCUUCACACUGUCCUGAAACUGACGCCUGUCGCUUAUGGCUGCCGUGUGGAAUCUAUCUACCUGAAUGUGGAGUCCGUCAGCACGCACCGGGAGAGGUCAGAGGAUGCAAAGAAGGGACCUAACCCGCUCAUGAGACGCAAUAGUGUCACCCCGCUAGCCAGCCCCGAGCCCACCAAAAAGCCUCGCAUCAACAGCUUUGAGGAGCAUGUGGCCUCCACCUCGGCCGCCCUGCCCAGCUGCCUGCCCCCGGAGGUGCCCACGCAGCUGCCCGGACAAAACAUGAAAGGCUCCCGGAGCAGCGCCGACUCCUCCAGGAAACACUGAAGCAGACGUGUUGGUUCCAUUCCGUUUCCAUUUCUGCAGCUUAGCUUGUGUCCUGCCCUCUGCCCGAGGCGCAACGUAUCCUGAGGACUUCUUCUGGAGAGGGUGGGAUGGAGCAGCGGGGGAGCCUUGGCCGAAGAGAACCAUGCUUGGCACCCUCUGUGUCCCCUCAGCCGCUGGACACCGGAAAGCCACGUGGGUCCCUGGCACCCUGCCUUUAGCCACGGGGCCCCAACCUCUACUCUCUGGGUUUCCUAGGAGUGUCCAGCUUCGGAGACCUACGAGGCCUGGGGAGAGUGAUGAGUGCUGGUCCUGACAAGAGGCCGCUGGGGACACUGUGCCAUUUUAUUUUGUUUCUGUGAUCUCCUGGCACAUUUGGAGCUGGGAAGACCACACUGGUGGCAGAAUCCUAAAAUUAAAGGAGGCAAGCUCCUAGUGGCUGAAGGUCAAGGAAUGGGUAAAAACUUCCACGUGGCUGUUUGAUGCAUCUUGACCUUCAUGGAAGACGCUUCAUGGGAA